UUAAUGCCUUUUUAUAUCUUAGGUCUUUGGUUAAUGGGUUCGUCAAAUCAUGAUUUACAGAAUAAUUAAGAGAAAAUGUUCAGUCUUUGUUUGUUAAUCACGCGCGUCUAAUUUGCUUUAGUUCAUACACGCAAACAGGAGUAGGUUAGCUUUAAAAACGUUUCUUCCUGGAAAUUUAACUAAACUUCUCUUCAGUUGAUCUCUUUGAAGCGAAAGAAUGAUUCUCUCUAUACAAUAGCUAGCGUCUUGGCGAAUACAUGGUGAAAGAUCAUUAGGCCCUUUGGUUAACUGCGGGCUGUUAAUGAAUAGUGGAGGAAUUUGAUGUAAAACAUUCAUAUCAGAUUUCAAAAGCGCAGUACUGUUGCAUGUUGAAAAUGAUAUUCAUCUUGAUCUUCACCAAAACUCUCCACGUACGCUCACUUGUGCCAACUUUUGUAUUAUGGCGUCAAGCUCUUCCGCCGUUACUCCUCUAUGGAAGUAUGAUGUGUUCCUUAGUUUUAGAGGUGCUGACGUCCGCCAUAACUUCCUUAGACAUCUUUAUGAUGCUCUAGAUCAAAAUGAAAUCGAAACAUUUAUCGACUACAAACUUGGUGCUGGAGAAGAGAUCUCACGGAUCCUCUUGGAAAAAAUCGAACAAUCAAAUGUUUCAAUCGUCAUUUUCUCCAAAAACUAUGCAGAUUCUCCUUGGUGUUUGGAAGAACUGGAGAAGAUCCUCGAAUGCAGGCAAACGUUACAGCAAAUUGUUAUACCAGUAUUUUACCAUGUUGAUCCAACCCAUGUCCGAGAGCUGAGUAACAGUUAUGGAAAUGCACUUUCCGAGCAUCAGAAAAAAAUCAGUUCAGACAAGGUGGACAAUUGGAAACGUGUUUUGAUCGAAAUAGCUGAUCUAGAAGGCUGGCAUUUUAAUGACACUAAGAAAGAGUCUGAACUAGUCCAGGAAAUUGUUGAUUACAUUAGGAAGGAGCUAAAACCUUUAUCCUCAAGCAAUUUUGGUAACUUGGUUGAAAUUGGUUCAUGUAUUGGAAAGGUUGAUGAUAAUGAAUAUUUCAUGUAACCAAUCGGUUGGUUACACGUAACACUAAAUUUAUUCACUUAAAACGUAUUUAUUUUUAAUAAAGGCUUUAUUUAUCUUUAA